AUGCGCACCCAGUUCGCAGACCCCCCAUCGACAUAUGUGGGGCUAGUUAACCGAUUUCAUUCAGUCUCCCAGUAUUUCCGUUCCCGAGGAGCAAUCAUCUCCGCCGUGGAUUUUCCGAGACACGGACGCCGGACACUGGUAAUUGAGGUAAUCCUAACUUCCGCUCCUCUACGCUUAACCCCAUUUCAGUUUUCCGAUGUCUUGGCUCACGAUUAUCGGGGCCCCUCGUCUUUUGGUCUUCUCGGGAUGGAAUCUAAUGUACUUCCACAACGGCUGUUCGCUGAUCACCAGGAGCCAGUCGGGGACCGAGUGAAUUCAUACUUCAAGCUUGACACAAUCGGGGUUAUCUUGAAAGCUCUCACACCCGAGGAACUAAGUGUCAUUCGAGUUGAAAAUGUCACCGGUGAGAAGCUGGAGGUGAUGCUUAGGCGCUCGAAAAAUAUAUCGAGCAAGCUGAAGGUCAAGUACGCAUGUCUCCUCGUCGUGGACGGACUGCUUUGCCGUAAAUCCUCAGGCAUGAAGAUCCCCAAAGACCAUGCGGAGAUGAUUCGAGACCUAGAUUACUUCCUCAGUUUCCUUUGGGGGCGGCACUGCUUCGAGAUGACCGUUCAGUGCAUCAAGUCCCGCACCACCAAUCAGCUAGCACAGCCCACCGUUGCUGUACAGGGUUUUAUUCAUGCGGUCCAGAUGGUUCUCCUCGAGACGGUUCCGGCUGCGCUGACGAUGAUGGGAGAUGAUAUUGGUUGUGAGUCUGAGGAGGAAGAGUGUGCUACGGCCACCACUCUCAGACUAGAUAAGCUGUGGGAUCUUGAUUCGUUGGGACAGGUCGCCGUUACAUCAAUUAUUGAAGGUGAGACUGAAGAAAUUCUCCUAGACACCCUAGAGUGGCAAGACGAAGUCUUGGAUCCGAAGGUUGAUUACAUGGAGAUGUUAAUUACUGAAAGAGCAGAGUUUUGCAGGGAGUCUUUCAUUGGUGGGCAUGUUGCGACUCCUACACCCACACAAUCCUCCGCCGCCAAAAGCCGGAAAAGGAAAGGGCCGUCUGUGGCGAAAGACAAGCCCCUCACUCCCCCAGGGCGAGGCAAAAAACCAAGAGACGGACGCAACACGGCAAAGGCAUCCGAUCAAGGAGAACCACUGCCCAUUACGGCGGAGAAGAUUGCGGAUCUCAUAGACACCGCGAUGAAGAGGGCCCACUCGGAAAUGGUUGACUCAAUGGCGACAUUGAUGUUGGCGAUAGAGAGUAGGCUUGAGAGAAGAUUGAAUGAGAAGAUGUCUGCCAUGAUCGACGCGGCAGGCAAAGGGACUGGUGCGGACCAAGUUAUUGGGAACGUCAUCAGCGACAUAAAUGCAGACGAGGAGACAUACGGGACGACCAAAGAGGCAGGGGGAUCUAAUCAACAGUCCAGCGACCACCAGCGCUGUGAAGAUCCAACGACUCAUGGAGUCGUCAAUGGUCCGCCCCUAACCGUACCAGUUACAGAACUUCACCACGCACCCCCCGUCACUUCUGAGAAAUCUGUUGACUCCGAUCCAGAAGGGGUGACACCAUCCGGAGUGCCGGAGAACUUGGAAUUCACUGCAUUAACCUUCAAUGCAUCCCCAGACAGGGAACUAAACAUGGGGGGAGGAUUGGUGAUCAAGAAACAAGAUGUUCUCGAUUUACCGCUGUUAGUACCAUUGUCCCGUCCCGAGGUCAUGGAUGCUUGCGUGAAGAUGUUGCGGAAAUCAGGGCUAGCUUCUUGCUCCCCAUCGGAAGACUACCGAGCAGACAUUCUCCCCAGUAGGUGGGCCGUGUCGAUGGCGAAGCUCUAUCCAAAAUUCAGCAAAUCAAACCGGAAAGAGGCGUUUGAAUUCGGGGAUACUAUCAUGGAUAUGGUACGCACAUGCACUAAAGAUUGGGUGAAAGACAUUGACUUCGUGUAUUUUCCCUUUGUAGCGGACAAGAACAGAUGGGUUGGGGUCGUCAUUGACAUACUGUCCGCCCAGAUGACAGUUUUUGACUCAUCGGCGUCUGAGAGGCGUGGGGCGCGAAUAGCCCCUGAGCUCCAAUUCAUAUGCCAGAUGUUCCCGUAUCUCGUUCGCAAAGUCGCUGUUGGUGAUUGCACGAUAGAUUAUGGUCUCGAACCACUGAAGAUCAGGAAGGACACGGCAGUUGUCCAAGCUACAUAUAGGAAGAUAACGGGGAUGCUCACCCUCCUAAUCAUGGAGGCGCAUGUGCGGGGUGGGCUAUCCGAGGCCUAUGCUGUCGAUGAAGGAAUGGUUGAAAUACGCGCGCAGAACUUAGCCGUUGAGAUCGUCAAACAUAGUGUUGUGGAGGGUUCAUCCCCGUAG